UUGAUUUUGCAUAAAAAAUAAAGGCCAAAAGUGUGUAUGUGCAGCGACAGCAGAGAAAGAAAAAGAAAAAAUUGUCGAUCGCUCGCUCGCUCGGGGUGUGAGUGCUGAAAGAAGUUGAAGAUUUCUCUACGUUUCCGUUCGAAGUGGAGCUGUAACGCGAUUGAACGAUAAAGAAAACGGAGUUUGCCGUUGUUUGGUGGAACGAUUUCGGCUGCAGAAGGUGGAUUUGGCAAUGAAGUUCACUGUGCUCCCAAUGGAACAACUUGACUAGCAGGAGGGGAACAUAAAGGGUCCUCCGCAAACGACGUUGGAUCGAAUAUUUGCCUUCUAAUUGCUCUGUCAAAAGCAGUGGAAGAUAGAAGAAAAUUUCGGGAGAAGAAUACGAAAGCUACAAUCUUUCGACGUUUUGGAGCCAAGCAACAGCGAAGCAAAAAAGAAAUGUCCGGACAAAGUUCGAUCGGUAAUCGGAUCAGCAUGAUUGAGGCACAGCUUCAGGUGCAACAGCAAACCCCUCCGGUCCAACCAAGAACACCUCCAACACCAACACUCAAUUUUGACAGAACCCAACGCGGCGGUAGCGGCGGAAUUGGUUCUGCAAGCCGUGGACGACCGAACCUUGACUUACCGCUGCCGAUUCAAUCGGGCAACCGGAGAAGCGAAUCGGAGCUGCGUUUCCAGAAGAUCAUCGAGAAGAGCGGGAUGUUGAAAAUAAAUGACCAGACCUACAAGACGACGCUGACCGAUAUGCAGGAUUUGGGCGAGCUGGGAAGUGGAACUAGUGGCCACGUAGUCAAAAUGCGCCACAAACCCAGUGGGGCUAUAAUUGCUGUGAAACAAAUGCGUCGAACGGGAAAUGACGAAGAAAAUAAGCGAAUCAUAAUGGACUUGGACGUGGUGCUGAAGUCGGAGAAGUGUCGCUAUAUUGUCAAGUGUCUCGGCUGUUUCAUCACUGAUGCGGACGUUUGGAUCUGCAUGGAACUGAUGACGACCUGUUUCGACAAAUUGCAGAAAAAAUCGAAAAAGCCUGUUCCAGAGCAAAUUCUAGGCAAGGUGACCGUUGCGACGGUGAAUGCGCUGGCCUACCUAAAGGAACAACAUCGGGUGAUCCAUCGGGACGUGAAACCCUCCAAUAUACUAAUCGAUGACCGAGGGAACAUCAAGUUGUGCGACUUCGGCAUCAGUGGUCGAUUGGUUGAUUCGAAUGCCAAAACGAGAUCAGCAGGGUGCGCUGCUUAUAUGGCGCCCGAGCGGAUAGAUCCUGCAAAAUCGGUGUAUGACAUUCGAGCCGACGUGUGGUCCCUAGGAAUUACACUGGUUGAGUUAGCCACUGCGGUGUUCCCGUAUCGUGGUUGCAAAACUGAUUUUGAAGUUCUCACCAAAGUGCUUACCUCUAAUCCUCCUCGCCUACCCGAGGACCAAGGUUUCAGUCUGGAAUUCCGGGACUUUGUCCAGCGUUGCCUUCAGAAGGACUACCUGGCACGACCGAAGUAUCCGGACCUGUUGAAACAUCCAUUCCUGCAGCGAGCCGAACAGGACACUACCACUGACGUAGCCGGGUGGUUCCGGAACGUAGCAGUGAGCAGUGGCAUACAGCUCACCACACCCCAACUGACUGUCUUAGGUAGCGAGGCAGCUACCAUCGCUUCAGGCGGUGUCAUCUCCUCUAGCUCGCCCGUCCCCGUCAGUAUACAGAGGCCUUCUUCGUCUGCGUCGGAUCAAAAUAGAGUCCCGACUCCAUACGAAAGUCUGACGGAAGCGGUGCAAGCGCAGACCAACCAGCACAAGCAAUCCGCAAUAGCGUCGUCAAUCCCAAUCAAAUCAAGCAACAUAACAGAUAAAAACUGCACGCAUAGUUGCUCCGAUUCGCUGCAGCAACAGCAACAGCAGCAGCAGCAUCAAGCACUGCAAGUGAAACUCAACAGCGUCAGCUUGGUACAGUCACAAACUACCUCGUCUUCCACACCGUUCGUUCCACGGUCUCCCUCGCCCGCACAUCCACAUCUACAAUCACAGCAACAUCAAAUGCAAACACCUCAGGCUCAAUAUCUUAAACUUCAACCAAAAAGUGCGAUAGUUAGUAAUAGUAGCAACUUUAGUAACAUUAGCACCGCUUCGGAAGCUAAUCGAAAGUACAAACAUUCGCCGUUCCUGUCCAGGAGGGCAGCGGAUCCCAAUGCCAACUCUGAUCCGCUUGCUUAUGGUAGUCCCAAGAAGGAAUCAACGCUCAGUAGCUUGGGGCAGAGUAUAUUCAAAAAUCUCACCACUUCGCCGUUUUCGCAUCGCAAAGCGGAGCAGAAAUCAUACAAACCGCCGCUGCCGGGCGAGGACGGUGGUGGUGGAGCUUCGAUCAUGAACGGAAACAGAACCGGUUUCAGCAAUCCCUCGUCCCCGCUCAUGCUCAAUCGAAAGAUGAUCGACUUAAAUGACGAACAGUCGUACAAACACCUGCAAGGAAACACCAGUCCCAUAGUUCUACAACGAUUCUACCACCAGCAGAAUCAGCUGAGAGAAAGUAAACAGCUGCAGCUGGAGCAGCAGCAGCAGCUGCAUUCGGGCAAUCCAUUUUUCAAGUCCCAAGCGCAACAGCAACAACAGAGCGGAAUACCGAUCAAGUGUAGUCCGAUUCCGUCGCAUCGCACCGUACAUCAUCCGACAAAUACAACGGCUCUCACGGGUGGGAACGUGGGAUACCCUCAAAUGGUGCAACUGGAGUCGAGCAACAUACCGACCUAUCAGUACCAGCCGCUCAACACGAGUGCUAGCAGCCCAAAGCAUAAGACAAGUGGGUUUUUUAAUUCUUUCAGUCGAACGAAAAAUCAGCACAAUGGCAGUAGCAGUGGAAUUAAUCAACGCGGGGAACGCGGCAGCAGCACCGGUAGCGACAACGGCUAUACGGACGGUGGAUUCUACCCGAAUCACCAUCUUCACGGGCGACAGACACUGCCGGAGUACACCAGCGCGGGUUAUGCCAUGCAGAGUGGCAUCAGCAAUGGCGACAACAUGAAGGAUGAUACAGGGUGGUUCAAUUCGAUUACAGAUCUUGCCAAACGAAGAUUUGCCUCGUUUGUAAAGCUUAAUUUGGCAACAUCCGGCGAGAAACGACCAAAGGAUAAACAGCUGCAAAAUCAGUUACUACAACAGCACCAGCAGCAGCACCAUCCAUAUGGCGGGGGCAACGGUACUAUCGUGACUUCGACGAAUAACUUUAAUACUUCUAGUAGCCACUUUGCUGCCGGCACAUCUGGUACCAUGCCGAGUGGCAUCCCGUCAGCUAUACCGCCAUCUGCCCAUGUACUAUACCAAGAUCGGCGGCACCGUAGUCCCGAUCCACCUCCUAGAUACAACAGAGGUCAAUCUCCGCUGCUGCUUCAUCGGAAGCUGGAAAAGUUAGGCCAAACUGGAUCCCCAAUACUCAAUCAGCGCUUUACCUCAACCUCUCCGUCACCUCCUUUACCGCCUCGUCGAGGAUCGGAGAGCGUCCCCGGUUCGCCGCAGCAUAUCCGGACCCGCAUCCACUACACACCGGAACCCCACAGGCGACCAUACCGGACAGUAGACCAAUGAGUGGGACUGCAAAUUCUGGUCAUGUGAUCGAUGUACAGCUUUCUGGAUUGAAUGCUACUUGUUUUUUCUUCUUAUAUCUCAAUCGGUGUCGUUACUCUGUGUCGGCCAUUUUACCUCAAGAAGCCCACGUUUGUCGCUUGAAUACACACUUCUCUACGUGAAGUCGAAACUUUCUCAACGUAUGUUUGUGGUCCGCGGCAGCUUUCCGUGCGAAACACUGCUUCUAGUCUUUCAGCAUGGGAAGACAACCAAAAACGAAAACAAAACGAUACAAAAACGAAUAUCGCUUACAUUUUCUUCAUUUUUGUUUUUAUUUUUUGUUAAGAACGACGAGCUUAUUCGAAGUAAAACUGUAGCACAGUUUGAUCUUAUUUUGCACGAUUAUGGAUUAGAUUUUAGAAGAAAAUAUAAACGACAAAUUAUUGAUGCCCCUUCAGAUGUCUCCGCAUAUGAAACGGCGUUAUUUAGAUAGGGAAUCAAAUUUUGCUAUUACCAUUUCACCCUGACGAACGUGUACGGGAUUAGACCGAGGAUAUAAAUCUCCGAGCAAGUGCUUGUAGCGAAUAUUUCUCUAUCUAAACCCGUCGCGAUUACGAAAAAAACUGUUUACUCACUCAAUAGUAAAUUAAUUUCCGAGAACAUGGAUGAAAGAAGUUUCGGCUUUUCUGCUGGAACAUUUGAUUACGAAAUAGUAGAAUAUCGCCUGCGCCUAACCUUUACUUUUCUUUCACAUGUAUACUUUUACCUAAAUACUCUAUUUAUUGGUUUGAAAAACGCUUGCUGCUAUUACACGUGCUUUGAUUUGCGUUGGAAUCGCAGCGCGAACCGUGGACGUUAUUUUUGCGUGCAUAAGCUUAACACAAUUAUGCUACCAGUCUACUAUGUGUUGUGACUUUAAAGAUGGUAUUUAAAAAACGGAAAAAUUUAUAUAAAAAUUCUAUUUAUAGCGUACUAAAUUCUAUUUAUGCGAAAUUUUAUAAGUAAUCCACCAACAGACUGGAAACCAAUAUUCUUUAGAAGAAUAACUUUGAAUUCUUUUGCGAAGCACAUUUAGCGAUCAUUAUAUGGACAACCUAUACGCGCAUAUAUACCCUCAUCUACCGCCAAACAUACACUCACAUACACACGCAAAAUCGUGGAUAUUCCCAAGCGGGGAAAGACUUCUGAUCCAGAAAAAUAAAUUGUAAUUGUAACUGUAGAAUUAAUAUCCGCCAUACAGUGAAAAAACAGAUGAAAAGAUUUUGUACAUAAUCUAUCUUGCAAUUUCUAUAAUCAUAAUCAGGAAGCAGAAACUAGACACAAAAAAACCAAGCAUAGGUUAACACAAUCACACACACACACACACACACACUAUAGAAAAAUAUAUCUUCGACAGGAAUGCAAAACGAGAGCGAUCUAAAAUGCGAUAACUGAGAACGAAGGAAGGAAUGAAAAACAUUUAGUCAUUUAUUAUAUUAUAAAUAUUUAUAUUAAAGAAGAAAAAAAAGUGAGAAUGUAAAAAAUAAGAGAUAUUUAUAAAGGAAAAGUCAGACGAAGAAAAAAAAUAAACAUACAUA